AUGUCGGAUGAAGGGUGCACCUCAGAAGCGACAUGUUGCCUUAAAUGCCUCCAGGCAGAAAUAUCGCCGUUACGUAAAGCAGAAGUUUCUCAACUUCCAGUUGCAGUUAAAGCAGAUAAUGCUAAGAAAAAUGUACUUCCGUCAGGAUUGCGAUUUGAUCAUAAGUUAGAAAUGGUAUUGCCUGAAGGGAUUAAUGAAAACUCCACUUCGAAGGAUAUUCGUUCAAAACGGAUUAAAAUGUAUUCAGGAUAUUGUUUACGACCUUUUCCGGCCGCUAGGGGCAAUUACGCUGUCGAUUAUUCGAGAAAAACAAACAUAAAAUUGCGAAAAGAAGUAUCCCAGGGAGAUCAAGAGGAUGCCUUUCUGCUGCGAAUUGUAGAGGGUUAUUGCUCAACAACACCGUCAUUAAAAGCUAUGAGUACUGGAACGCAUCCUUUAGCUAAUCAAGAAUAUGACCCACCUCAGUUAAUAGUAGCAGAAAAUGAAAAAUUAUUUGUGGAAGAAGUAGUCGGUGAUCAAGUUGUUGUAAAGGAGAAAAGUUUAGUCGAUACGGUAUAUGCGUUGAAAGAUCAACUUAGCAGUAUACAAAAGCAGUUACUUCAACUCAGUAAGACGGUGAAUCGAGAACAAAUAGCACGUCGACGCCUGGAAGAAAUGGUGAAGAGAUUGUAUCAGCUGCAGCAGUCAAAUACCACAAAUUUGACAUCCAAAGUACCUCUGUCAUCACAUGAUUCUUUAAGCAUUGGUAGUUCAACUCUGCGUUGA